GAAAUCAACAGAUACUCUCAAAAUUUUAUGAGUCUGAGAGAUGAGAUCUGUAGUGUACUUUGAGAGACGAUAAUGUGCCAAUUCUUGGUUGCCUUAUCACUUUCGAUACCGGAAUGAUUUGGAGUGGACUAUAUUACUAUGCUUGAAUAUGCAUUCAGUCACUAUCACCCCAUGGGGCUGCUAAAAUGUGCAUAUAAUGUGCAUCGUCAGCCAGGAUGAUGGUGCAAAAAGCAGGCCGACAUCCAAUCAAUCUCCGUCACGAGGACUAUACCAUAUCUCCGUAUACCCAGGUAAUGAUCCUGCUAACCUUCAAAGCUGUCCUUGAAUUAUCACAAGUGUUUGUUUCCAACUCUUCACAGUAUACAUCUCGUCGCAAGUUUGAUAGAUAUGUGCUUCUGAUUAAAAUCUAAACUUGGUUAAUUGUUUCUCAAUACAAGCUUGAAGGCUAGGGUAGAGCCUAUAUUGGUUUGUGAGACACAUAGACCCUCGCGACAACCGACAAACUGGGCACGUCAACUAUUAAUGCUAUGGCUCAUCAACAUUACACUAGCUUUCUCUUUAAUGUGAAUGAGCUUCAUGUUAAUGAGGAUCCCGAAAAUGGAGGUAGACCUCCGAGGGUAAACGAAAAUGGACGAUGGGUGCCACCCAUCUAUAGAGAUGGUUUCUUACCUCAAACUCCCGGGCGAAUGUUUCGAUGGACUAACGGAUAUGUCGAAUAUGCUGGGACUGAUUAUGGAUGGCUUAAUGGGCAAGGAUUUGCCUAUCUGAACGACGAAAUGCUUCAACAUUACGGUAGUACAACUUUGUUUUGGUGUAAUGAAUUUACACAGUUUCAAAUGAUGGAAGCGGACGCAACAACGAUAGACAUAGCGACUUCAGAUUUUCCAUACAACAGAUGGUAUCCCCUGACAUUUCGAUACGAAAGAACACUUUCAAGGGUAUCUUCUUCUGUGGAGGAGCAAUAUCUUGCUGGGAGGGACGGGACUUGGAUUGCUCAGCUUGGGCUUCAGACCUACCGCCAUCGUAGUAACCAUCCAACGGAAGGACUCGCUGGCAAUCUUGCUACCAUUGUCGCAUUAGUGGCAUUCUCUUGCACUGAUGAGGACACUCUAUACGAUGUUCUAGUCAAUAACCUUGCAUGGCGAGGGCAGUUGAGGAUUUACGAUGCAGAACAUGGAAGAUGUCCUGAGAGAGGAGUCGUUAGCAACAUCUACCUAGACCCAGAGAAUCCACAUGGCUCUACAUAUGACGCGCUCCGUCGUCUGGAAUGGAUGGAUGGACCCAUUAUUUACUAAGAUUCGGUUCUGUGAAACAACGCACUUUCUCAACGUCUCACUACAUCAGAUGUACUUUCUGAAGAUUUGCGGAUAAUUGAAGCGAUUGCCUUUGUUCAUUGUGCUGGAACAUAAAUCUGUCUUGGCGGAAUGGCUCGUUUUUCUCAAUUUUGAUAAUACGUUAUGCUGCCAUUAUGGUUUGCAAUUUUCUUUUCCAUUAACUUCCACUUUUCAAAGUUUUCGAUGCGCACAUCUUAGUGCUUUUUUCAUACAGUGCUAGCCUAAUGAAAAGUCACAAUUGAACUAUCAAGACUUAUUCAAUGUCGGAUAAUGUACUAUUUGAGCAGAGGGGCCGAAAGUUGAGAGAUGUGUUGCCCCCAAAUUCAGCCGGUCCCUCACA